ACCUAACUAGUUAGCUAGUUUACACAUACACCAUGGCUGAAGGGCAACCCUCCUCCAGUAUUGUACCCAAAUACUUGCAAGAAGAUGAACUAAGCGAAGAUGUUAGGGAUUUGAUAUCAACCUUACCAACCGAUAAAGGUUGGUUUGUAAACACCAUCUACCAAUACCAAGGAUUUUGGCAUGUCCCUAGGCAAUUGCAAGGACUCUUAAAUUGUCAAAAACACUUCAAAGCCCAAGACACUGAUAUUCUCCUUGCAACUCAACCAAAAUCAGGCACCACUUGGCUCAAGGCAUUAACAUUUUCCUUGAUCAACCGCAAAACCAAAUACCCUCUAACCCUAAACCAUGAUCACCCUUUAUUCUCUAACAAUCCUCAUGCUCUUGUACCCUUUUUGGAGUUUGACCUUUUUCAUGUCAAAGAUGUAGUUCCGGAUCUAAGCUCGUUCUCUUCUCCGAGGCUUUUCGCUACUCACCUUCCUUAUGUCUCAUUGCCGGAAUCAGUUAAGGAUUCUGACUGUAAGAUAGUGUAUCUUUGCAGAGAUCCAAAAGACACUUUCAUUUCGCUUUGGCAUUUUUCUAAUUCCUUAAGAUUAUUCAAAGGGACGAAUCCCCUUAAAGAUUCCUUUGAUCAGUUUUGUAGAGGAAUCAAUGUUGGUGGACCCUUUUGGGACCAUAUAUUGAGCUAUUGGAAGGAGAGCUUGUUGAGCUUGGAGAAGCCAAAGAAAAAGGUAAUGUUUUUGAGAUAUGAAGAAUUGAAAAUGAAUACUAGUUUUGUUUUGAAGAAUCUAGCUGAGUUUUUAGGGUGUCCUUUUUCUAAAGAGGAGGAAGAUGAAGGGUUGGUGGAUGAUAUCUUGAAGCUAUGUAGCUUUGAGAACUUGAAGAAUUUGGAAGUGAAUAAAAAUGGUAAAAGGCCAUCUGGAAUUGCAAACAAAGCUUACUUCCGUCGUGGUGAAAUUGGAGAUUGGAAGAAUCAUUUCACCCAUGAAAUGAUUGAGCAAUUGAAUACUAUUGUUGAAAACAAAAUGGGUAUUUUUGGGUUUAAAUUUUAGGAUUUUAAUUUGCAUUAUAUAUAAGGUAUUAGAAUUUUUUUAUUUAAAUAAAUUAAAUAAAUAUUUUAAUUAUUAAAAUAAAUAAUGAUAAGAAUUAUUAUCAAAAUCCGUCCCUCAUCCUUAUCUCGUUUACUGUAUAAACGAAAUAAACUUGUACGUAUCUCGUUUACACUGUAAAGGAGAUAUAUACGUGUCACAUGCACAUGUUUUAUCUCGUUUACACUGUACACGUUUAUUGUAAACAAGAUAAGGCUAGAGGACGGAUUUCAAUAAUAAUUUUUAUAAUUAUUUAUUUCAAUAAUUAAAAAUUUAUUUAAUUUAUUUAAAUAGAAAAUCCUAAAGUAUUUUAUAUAUAUAUCUUUGCUAUAUCUCUAUAUAUAGCUUCCUUUAUUUUUAUCGGUUAUGAUAGUUAUGUGCUAUAUUAAUUAAUGGAUGUUUGUUUUGC